AUGGAAUGGCUUCCGGAUGGUGUGCUAUUGAGCUGCUUCGCACGCGUCUCUAGAUUGUAUUAUCCGACUCUCUCCCUCGUCUCCAAACGCUUUCGAUCUCUCCUUGCUUCACCGGAGAUUCACAAGGCCCGGUCACUCUUGGCCCAUACCGAGACUUGUCUCUAUGUGUUCUUCGAGUCCUAUCCUCGUUCUCAUUGGUAUACCCUAUGCCUGAAACCUAAUCAAACCCUACCAAAUGACACCUAUGAAUCAAACUUCUUCCGUAGCUAUUAUACCCAAACGCCAAAGAAGAAGUCAAGUGGGUAUGUUUUGGCUAGGGUCCCAAUUCCAAGCUCUCCUCAUGUGCGCUUUCCGGGUCUCGUGGCGGUUGGUUAUAUUAUCUACGGAAUUGAAGAGAUCUCCUACUUUUCAAAAAAGGAAGAUAGCUACUCUGACGUGUGGAUUCUAGAUUGCCGGACUCACACGUGGUGCGAGGCUCCAAGCUUGCCGAAAAAAGAAGAGGGCGAUUCUGGUUCUUUGAAGAACACAUUUGAGGUUUUCGAAACAAAAACACAGAUUUGGGACACUGAGAGCAUCACUUUGAGCGAGACAGAAUACAAUUCUUAUAACUCGAUAAGCACAUGUAUUGAUGGAAAGUUCCACGUUAUGAAGACUGGGACAAAGGGGGUUGCUUACAAUUCCAAGGAAAGUAGCUGGGACUUGAUUGGACGAGAGAUGGACACUGAGAAAAGCUUGUGGAGAUGUUUGAAGGGUUUGGUAGGACUACCUUACUUCACAAUAUCUGGCGCUCGUAUUAGAUUGGCUGAUUAUGGUGGAAAGAUGGUGAUUUUGUGGGAAGGCGAGAUACAGGAUGAUCCGUAUGAUUUAAGGUACGGUGGUGGCUAUAAGAAUAUUUGGUGUGCCGAGAUUGCGCUUGAAAGACGGAUAAGUGAACGUGAGAUUUGGGGGACAGUUGAGUGGUUUGAUCAUGUCCUCACAGUCCCAAAAGCAUGUUAUCUCGUGAAGGUUCUUGAUGUUACUGUUUGA